AGCACUAUAGAAGCAAUUGCUCUGCUCAGUUAUCCGCAUUACCUCAGUUUAGAUUCACAAGCAUCAAGCGACGAGUUAUCAACGAAAUGUCUCUUCCAGAAGAACUUAAGAACGAGUGCACCGCUGCGUUCGAAAUAUUCACCAAAGAUUCUACCGAUGGUAAACUGGGUGCUGAUGAACUUGGAAAAGUCAUGAGAAUGUUAGGACAAUCACCAAGCGACGAUGAGGUCCAGGAAAUCAUCCGUGACUUUGCUGAAGGUGAUACACUGGCGUUGGAUGAAUUUCUUGAUUUUAUGGCAAAGCAGUUGAAUGGUGGGCAAGACAAACGCGAAGAAGAUUUGAGCAAAGAAUUUAAAUUACUUCUGAAAGAAACCUUCCGUUGGUAUGACACUGACGCCGAUGGUAUUAUCAGCUGGAGUGAACUUAAGACGGCGCUAAAGAACACUGGAGAGAAAAUCGAAGAUUGGGAAAUCGAUGAACUCAUGAAGGACGGAGAUGAAAACAUGGAUAAACAUAUUGAUUUUGAUGAAUGGAUCAACAUGAUGAAGGAAUUGGAAGGCCAAAUACAAUGCUAAUGUUUCGCUGUAAAUACCAUGCAUUUCACAGUGUUUUGCACAAUUUUGUUUUGAGUAAUGUUCAUUACAAUAAACUUAAAACGUAUACGUUUUAUUGAACAAUGCGUCAAUAGAUUUAAACUAAUCUCAACGUGAACGAAAAUAUCAACAGAAAUAAAUAGUUGGAAUGGUUACAAAAUAAAACAAAACUUUAAAAUAAA